AUGCGUGUUCCCUACAAAGGGAGCGAUCUAUGCCAAGAAGCAUUUGAAACACUAAAAAACUGUUUGAUAAACGCACCAAUUCUCCAGUAUCCAGAUUUCACGCAACCUUUCAAUCUGACAUGCGAUGCCAGCAAUUACACUCUUGGGUGCGUGCUAUCACAAGGUCUGAUCGGUUAAUAUUUACCGAUAGCCUAAGCAUCCAGAACCUUGGAAAAAGCAGAGAUUAACUACAACACAACCAAAAAAGAUCUUUUCAGUAUAAUCUGGGGAACUGAAAUCUUUUGAUCGUACCUUUUCGGUCAGCAAUUUAAUAUAGUCACAGACCAUCGUGCAUUUUUAUAGCUAUUUAAUCUGAAAGACCCCGUCUCCAGGCUUACUUAUCGGCGUCUCAAAUUGGAAGAAUACCAAUACACUAUACAUUAUAAGUCUGGAACUAGUAACACGAACGCGUAUGCUUUAAGCAAAAGCCAUCGAUUUGUAAUUAGAUCGCAACAAUCCAUAAAUCAGUAUGAAUUAUCAGAAUCUAUAGAAUUAUCUCCAACAUCCGCAGAAAAUACAGAGCACUCGGAACUUUCAGACCAAUCAGAACAACUAACACCGGAAGAUGAGUUUACCAAAGUUUUCUAA